UUGACUUCACGCUCGUGCUUACACGGACGCCGAAGAAGAAGAGCACGUGUUUCCUGUGUUUCCUCUUCCCCUUGCAUGGCCAGGCGUCUGCCUUGUAAAUAAACUGUAUUCAGCCAGCGAAAGGUUUAAAAAUGGUGCGUAAAUUAAAGCACCAUGAACAGAAGUUGUUGAAGAAGGUGGACUUCAUCAACUGGGAGGUGGACAACAACCUGCACGAGGUCAAAGUGUUGCGGAAGUAUCGCAUCGAAAAGAGGGAGGACUACACCAAGUACAACAAGUUGAGUCGUAACAUCAGAGAUCUCGCCCAGAAAAUCCGAGAUCUGGAUGAGAAAGAUGGCUUCAGAGCUCAGAGCACACAUCGACUACUGGAAAAACUGUACAGUAUCGGCCUCAUGCCCACCAAACAGAAUCUGUCCCUCACAGAGAAAGUCACAGCUUCGUCAUUCUGCAGGAGAAGGCUGCCCAGCAUCAUGCUGAAACUCCACAUGGCUCAGAACCUGAAGACGGCCAUCACCUUCAUCGAACAAGGACAUGUGCGUGUUGGCCCAGACAUUGUCACAGACCCAGCUUUCCUCGUCACAAGAAAUAUGGAAGAUUUUGUUACUUGGGUUGACUCCUCCAAGAUCAAGCAGCAUGUCAUGAAUUAUAAUGAUGAGAGGGACGACUUUGAUCUGGUGGCAUAAGACUGCUGUCUUACAUCCAAUCAUCGUGCUAGAGGAUAGGAAAGGGACUCUGCUCUUGCAACUAUGGCGUGAAUAACUCCACAACCCAGGAGUCAACAGUUCGAAUCUUUUAUCAACUUGGAAAUUGUGGCAAGGCAAGAAAAUAAGUGCCCUCGCCUUCUUAAAAACUAAAGUUUCAUCUGAGCAAGGACAAAGGAACAUGCUUCCAGGCUUCACAUUGUCACCUAACACGUCUCUUUUGUCAAAAUUUGCAACUAAAAUUGGAUCUACUGACCAAAAUAUCUGUUAUAGACUCUCCUCUACCUUCAUGUUAAUGUGUUCUUUGUGUGAACAUGAGCAGGCUUCGCAGGGUAUGUAUAUGACUACGGAAAUGCUGCUUUAGGCCCUGAUGAGACACAGCUCGUUUGCCAGCUGUUCUUUUGCUGUGAAGUUAAAUAACGUCUGGCAUUUUUCCAGCUCUGAGUUAGUUUAUUCCACUCAAGGACACUCCUGCCACAACCAAAAAGAUUCACUCAUUGGAAACCUGUCAAAGAAAAGCUGAAAAGCUAAAACACCCCCUCUCUUAUCUGGGCCUUCUAAGUGUGUACAUUCCACUGUCCUUUCAUUUAACAUAAGUUGUCAUAAAUACAGUUGUAAAAUAGAAUCUACAAUUUGAUAAAUAUUUUUAAUAUUUUCAAUAAGACUUUGUUACAAUGUAAACUGUCAAACAAACAUUCUUUUAUCACA